GACGACUCGAUGAGGAUGCGCUCGAUUGUGCAGCGGGGUAUUAUAUUUCCUGCGCAGCCUUUCCCCGUUCCUUUUUGCUGAAUGUGUCAGCCAUGGCCCCGAUUAAAAAGCAGGUGGUCAGGAAACAAGGUGGUAAGAGGAAGAAGCAGAUCCUGAAGUUUACCCUGGACUGCACUCAUCCAGUUGAAGAUGGCAUCAUGGAUGCUGCCAACUUUGAGCAGUUCCUGCAGGAGCGCAUCAAGGUGAACGGCAAAGCCGGGAACCUUGGUGGUGGUGUGGUGUCCAUUGAGAGGAGCAAGAGCAAAAUUGCUGUGAACUCAGAGGUUCCCUUCUCAAAGAGGUACUUGAAGUAUCUGACUAAGAAGUAUCUGAAAAAGAACAACCUCAGGGACUGGUUGAGGGUUGUGGCCAACACCAAGGAGAGCUAUGAGCUGCGCUACUUCCAGAUCAACCAGGAUGAAGAGGAGGAGGAGGAAGAUUAAACCUGACACCACUUUUAAUAAAAUAUCCAAAGCGAGUGUAAAA